AUGCAGAAGAGCGUCCGCUACAACGAAGGGCACGCGCUGUUUCUGUCGGCGGUCGCGCGUAAAGAGGGGACCAAGCGCGGCUACCUGAGCAAGAAGACGGCGGAGAACAGCCGAUGGCACGAGAAGUUCUUCGCCCUCUAUCAGAAUAUACUCUUCUACUUCGAGAACGAGCAGAGCGCGCGACCUGCCGGGAUUUACCUGUUGGAAGGAUGCACCUGCGAGCGUGCGCCGGCGCCCAAGAUGUCCACCACGGGGAAGGAAGCGCUGGAGAAACAGCACUACUUCCUCAUCGUGUUUGGUCAUGAUGGACAGAAACCACUGGAGCUGCGGACAGAGGAGGAGAGUGAGUGUGAUGAAUGGGUGGAGGCCAUCCAGCAGGCCAGUUACUCUGACAUCAUCAUCGAAAGGGAGGUGCUGAUGCAGAAAUACAUCCACCUCAUACAGAUAGUGGAGACUGAGAAGGUGGCUGCCAAUCAGCUGCGCACGCAGCUAGAGGAUCAGGACACAGAAAUUGAGAGGCUCAAAGCUGAGAUUGUAGCUCUGAACAAAACCAAGGAGCGAAUGCGGCCUUACCAUAUCAACCAUGAAAAUGAAGACCCAGACAUCAAGAAGAUCAAAAAGGUGCAGAGUUUCAUGCGGGGCUGGCUCUGUCGGAGGAAGUGGAAGAUCAUCGUUCAGGAUUACAUCUGCUCCCCUCACGCUGAGAGCAUGAGGAAGAGGAACCAGAUCGUCUUCAACAUGGUGGAGGCAGAGACAGAGUACGUCCACCAGCUGUACAUCCUGGUCAACUGUUUCCUCAGACCUCUGAGGAUGGCCGCCAGCUCCAAGAAACCCCCCAUCAGCCAUGACGAUGUCAGCAGCAUCUUCCUCAACAGCGAGACCAUCAUGUUCCUACAUGAGAUUUUCCACCAAGGCUUAAAGGCAAGGAUAGCCAACUGGCCAACUCUGGUGCUGGCUGAUCUAUUUGACAUCCUCCUGCCCAUGCUGAACAUCUACCAGGAGUUUGUGAGAAACCAUCAGUAUAGCCUGCAGGUUUUGGCCAACUGUAAGCAGAACAGAGACUUUGACAAGCUGCUGAAACAGUAUGAGUCCAACGCUGCCUGUGAGGGAAGGAUGCUUGAGACCUUCCUCACGUACCCCAUGUUCCAGAUUCCCCGCUACAUCAUCACCUUGCAUGAGUUAUUGGCACACACACCUCAUGAGCAUGUGGAGCGCAAGAGUCUUGAAUUUGCCAAGUCCAAAUUAGAGGAACUAUCCAGAGUAAUGCAUGACGAGGUGAGUGACACGGAGAACAUCCGGAAGAACUUGGCGAUAGAGAGGAUGAUAGUGGAGGGCUGUGACAUCCUGCUGGACACAAGCCAGACCUUCAUCAGGCAGGGCUCUCUGAUCCAGCUGCCAUCAGUGGAGCGAGGGAAGCUAAGUAAGGUCCGCUUGGGUUCUCUCUCUCUGAAGAAGGAAGGGGAAAGGCAGUGUUUCCUUUUUACCAAGCACUUCCUCGUCUGCACACGCAGCUCCGGGGGGAAACUGCACCUUCUCAAGCAAGGUGGAGUUUUGUCCCUGAUCGACUGCACCCUCAUAGAGGAACCAGAUGCCAGUGACGAGGAGUCUAAAGCUGGUGGUCAGGUAUUUGGUCAGCUGGACUUUAAGCUUGUUGUAGAGCCAUCGGACUUACCUUCGUUCACUGUGGUGUUGCUGGCACCUUCGCGUCAGGAGAAGGCUGCAUGGACCAGUGAUAUUAGCCAGUGUAUAGAUAAUAUCCGCUGUAAUGGUUUGAUGACCAGUGUAUUUGAGGAGAACUCCAAAGUCACUGUGCCUCAUAUGAUCAAAUCCGAUGUGCGUCUCCAUAAAGAUGAUGUUGACAUUUGCUUCAGCAAGACGCUCAACUCCUGCAAGGUCCCCCAGAUCCGCUACGCCAGCGUGGAACGGCUGCUGGAGAGGCUGACCGACCUGCGUUUCCUCUCCAUAGACUUCCUCAACACCUUCCUGCACACAUACAGGAUCUUCACCACAGCAACGGUGGUCAUGGACAAACUGGCCGACAUCUACAAGAAGCCCUUUUCCUCCAUACCUAUCAGGGCGCAGUACCACUCAUUUGACCGUCUGUCCAUCUCAUCCAUCUGUCCCGACUACAGCCUGAAGAUCAAGAAGAUAGCCAUGGAUCAGUCCAAGUCCUUGGAGCUGUUCUUUGCCACCAAUCAGAACAACAGAGGUGGUGAACACAUGAACGACAAAUCUCCUCGUCUCUGCCGCAAGUUCUCCUCUCCUCCUCCUCUUUCCAUCCCGUCCCACACCUCCUCCCCUGUCCGAGCACGAAAGCUUUCCCUCCACUCGCCCAUCACUGCCAGGGUUGGAGGCCUGGACCUGACCAGUCCUCUGUCAAACUUCAGUGUCAACCACAACACCUCCCAGUCUGCUGCCAGCAGCCCUACAUCUGCCCACACCCCUCAGACCCCAACGCCUCAGACCCCAACCCCAACCACCACUUCUCCUCCUCCGCCUCCCUCCUCCACUUCUCCCCCACCCAACAACUCCAAGCCACAACAAGACCAAGUUCCUCCUGUUCCUACGUCCCCGGACCAGAGUCCCAGCCCGACUGCAGAGGGAGAGGAGGUGCCCAGGAUCGACCCCUUUUGUGGGAAACUGCGACGGAGCAUUCGCAGAGCUGUUCUGGAGUCAGUGUCGCUGGAGAAAAUCAUCCCAGAGUCUCCUCAGAGCAGUGAAGCAGGUGACAUGUCUCCAUGUCGCUCUCCCUCCACACCUCGACACCUCCGAUACAGACAGCCUGGAGGCCAGUCAGGGGAGAACUCACGCUGCUCAGUCUCUCCUGCCUCGGCCUUCGCAAUCGCCACAGCCGCUGCAGGACAUGGUACACCACCAGUCUUUACUAACUCUGAAAGAACUUGUGAUAAAGAGUUCAUCAUCCGUCGAGCUGCAACCAACAGAGUUCUCAACGUGCUGCGCCACUGGGUCUCCAAACACUCACAGGACUUUGAGAUGAAUGGGGAGCUGAAGAUGUCAGUGAUCUGUCUCCUGGAGGAGGUGCUCAGAGAUCCAGACCUUCUGCCUCAGGAGAGAAAAGCUACUGCCAACAUACUAAGUGCCCUUUCUCAAGAUGAGCAGGAUGAUGCCCAGCUGAGGAUCGAGGACAUCUUACAGAUGGCGGAUUGUCCGAAGGCCGAGUGUUUUGAGUCUCUCUCGGCCAUGGAGCUGGCUGAACAGAUCACUCUGCUGGAUCACAUUGUCUUCAGGAGCAUUCCUUAUGAAGAGUUCCUGGGCCAGGGCUGGAUGAAGGUUGAUAAGACAGAGCGGACGCCCUUUAUCAUGAAAACUAGCCAACACUUCAAUGAUAUGAGUAACCUGGUGGCAUCACAGAUUAUGACACACACCGAUGUGGGCUCGAGGGCCAACUCCAUCGAGAAGUGGGUUGCUGUGGCUGACAUCUGCCGCUGUCUCAACAACUACAACGGAGUGCUGGAGAUCACAUCUGCUCUCAAUCGCAGCGCCAUCUACCGCUUGAAGAAGACUUGGGCUAAAAUCAGCAAACAGACUAAAGCCCUGAUGGACAAACUGCAGAAGACCGUGUCCUCUGAGGGAAGAUUUAAAAAUCUGAGGGAAACUUUGAAAAACUGCAACCCUCCAUGUGUGCCAUACCUGGGAAUGUAUCUAACAGAUCUGGCCUUUAUUGAGGAAGGGACGCCCAAUUUUACUGAGGAAGGUCUUGUUAACUUCUCCAAAAUGAGAAUGAUAUCCCAUAUCAUCAGAGAGAUACGACAGUUCCAGCAGACUCCCUACAGAAUAGAGCAUCAAGCCAAGGUGACGCAGUACCUUCUGGAUAAGACUCUGAUCAUGGAUGAAGACACACUCUAUGAUCUCUCGCUGAAGAUCGAGCCCAGGCUUCCCGCCUGAGUUACAGCUGUUUGUGGCCAGCGGGAGCCUGCCGAACC